AUGGCCGACGGUUGUAUCUUGUGGGGGCGGCUGUGCGGAGAAUCGUUGGUUCUGAUGGACUCGAGGCGGCGGAGAAAGACUGACUGCCUCUCCUUCAGCCAGCACGCUUUCGCCGGAGUGAAACCCUACCAGCUCCUCCCCGCCGCGGAGCGCCUCCAUCGGACCCUCUCCGAGUCCCACUCGCUCCGACUCGUCUCUCGAUGGGUCCCGCGCCCUCCGGAUCGGGCCGAGGUGGACCGGGCCCUGCGGGCCGUCCUCUCCCGCCGCGCGUCGCGCGGGGAGGAGGAAGAUAUAACCCUAGACGAGGCGGUGUUCGGGGAGUUCGCGGCGGAGGUGUUCGCGGACGCCGUCGUAUCGGGGGCGAGGGCGGAGGCGCUCAAGGGUCUGCCGAUCGGCGUGGCGGGAAUCGCGGGUUUUGGGGCGGUGGUCAGGCCGGGGAAGGGGGUCUUGGCGGCGGCGAUUGGGGCGUACGCGCUGGGUGUGGCGACAUCCAUCUACCUCAGUCUAGGUGAUUGA